AUAAUACUCUUCGGGAGGUUCUCGGUUUGACGGACCCAGUGGAUAUUUGGGACAAGUUGGAGAGCCGGUACAAGUCAAAUGGCGGAGGAAGCUAACUUUAAUGGGCACUUGGAUGAAUUCAACAAGAUUACAACAGAGUUGGAAUCCAUUGACGUGAAGAUUGAAGAGGAGGACAAGGCGCUGCUUUUAUUGGCUUCAUUGCCUUCAUCUUUUGACAACAUCGUGACCACGCUCUUGUUUGGAAAAGAGACCUUAAAAUUUGAUGGAGUAGUUGCUGCGUUGUUGAUGAAUGAGACUCGGCGGGGUGGCAACGGGGUAUCAAAUGAUGGUCAAGCUUUGGUUGCAAAAGGAGCUGGUCGGGAACGAGGACGGUCUAAAGAGAGGGGCGGCGUGUCCCAACGCUUCAAAUCGAGUAGUAAAAGCUUUCGGUGUUACUACUGCGAUGAAGAGGGUCAUUUCAAAAGGGAUUGUCCAAAGAGGACGAAGGAAAAGAAGGACGGGAAAACACCCGUGACUGCGGUUGCAGAAAGUUCGAGCCAAGAAACUGAAGAAGACUUAUUUUUGGCAACCGCAAAGAGCCUAGAUAAAUCAGAUUGGAUACUAGAUUCGGGUUGUUCGUUUCAUACGUGUUCAGUUAAGGAAAAGUUUGAUACCUAUCAAACUUGUGAUGGGGGUGCUGUGAAGAUGGCAAAUGGUGCACGGAGCAAAAUUGCAGGGGUCGGAACAGUGCAAGUUCGCAUGUUUGAUGGCGUGGUGAGAACAUUAACUAGAGUGAAACAUGUACCGGGUCUAAAAGUAAAUUUGAUUUCCUUGGGGGCUUUAGAUUCAGAAGGCUGCCGAAUUUUUGCUCAAGGUGGAGUGUUAAAAAUCUCUAGGGGAGCAAUGGUAGUAGCAAAAGGAGUUUUGUCAAAUGGCUUGUAUAAACUUGUAGGAAAAGAUUUGGCACGGAAGCUAUCAGAAGGAAAAAUUACAAGUGCAACAAGCGGAGCAUUUGCAUGGAAGAAGCGGGUGACGUUUGAAGCUUCUCAGGUUGGUGGAGACUGUGACCUUUCCGGAACGAGCGAGGUGGAACCGGACCAUGGUUUGAUUAAUUAAUCAAGGUGGAGUUUGUUGGGAUAUUUGAUUAAUUAAUCAAAAAGAAAGAAAAAAAAUCACAAAGAGGACAAAGAAGAUCAAAAGUGGGAUAUUUGAUUGACUUGGUGCAUGUCAUCAAAUCAAAGAUGAUUUUUUGGUUUCUUGACUCCUUCUCAAGCCAUGCAAGCAUACGGAGCUUUUUUUGUUAUAAAAGUAAGGCAAUAUG